GGUGUGACAGAGCCUAGCCUUGAGUUCCUCAUCGCUGAUGGUGAAUAGACACUGCGGCGGUGACGGGCAGAGAAGAAGCCGCAGAAGGUUAGGGAGUGGUAAUUCGGAAUCUGCCCCUUAGAUGAAUUCAAUUUAAGUUUAUCGUCAGGUUCUAAAAGACCAAGAAAAGGAGGAAAGGGAAAAUAAGGAAAGAUGGCGGCCGCGGCCUCGCCGGGCUCGGGCUCGUCUAACUCCUCAGACUGGGUUGUACUAAGAGACGGUUGCCUGCGUUGCGACGAGGAGGGCCUGCGCAGCCUUUCCUACCACCCGGCCCUCAACGCUAUCUUAGCUGUUACCAGCCGGGGAAGCAUUAAAGUGAUUGACGGUACUUCGGGGGCCAUUCUUCAGGCUUCAGCGCUUCACGCUAAACCAGGCGGCCGUGUCAGGUGCCAGUACUUUCCUGCAGUUGACAAAGUGCUUUUUGUGGAUGACUACACUGUAGGAUGCAGGAAGGACUUGAAUGGCAUCCUGCUGCUGGACACAGCCCUCCAACCUCCUGUCACCAAGCCGGAGGACAUGGUUCAGUUGGAGCUGCCGGUCACAGAGGCACAGCAAAUGUUGUCAGCAUGUCAGGAUAAGGUCGACGUGUCCAACACUGAGGGCUAUGAACUUUUUAUCAGCCAGCUCAAAGAAGGUCUGAAGAAUACCUCACAUGAGACUGCGGCCAAUCAUAAAGUAGCUAAGUGGGCAACGGUCACGUUCCAUCUCCCUCAUCAUGUGCUGAAGCUUGUGGCUGGUGCCAUCGUCAGUGAGCUGAAGAAGAUUAACCUGAACGUAGCUGCCUUGUCUGUAGCCUCCUCCAUCAUGGACAGGCUCUCCUACCUCUUGUCAAGCGCCAGGCCUGAGCUUGGUGUGGGCCCCGGACGCUCUGUAGAUAGAUCCCUGAUGUACAGUGAGGCCAACAGGCGGGAGACGUUUACAUCAUGGCCACAUGCUGGUUACAGAUGGGCUCAGCCUGAUCCAAUGGCUCAAGCAGGGUUUUAUCACCAGCCUGCCUCAACAGGGGAUGACAGAGCUAUGUGUUUCACCUGCAGUGUGUGUCUGGUCUGUUGGGAACCUACGGAUGAGCCCUGGUCUGAACACGAGAGACAUUCUCCCAACUGUCCCUUUGUGAAGGGAGAGCAUACACAGAAUGUUCCUCUGUCAGUAACAUUGGCGACCAGCCCCGCUCAAUUCCCCAAUAGUUCUGACAGUUCAGACAAGAUCGCCUGCUAUGGCUUUGGCAGCUGCCCACAGUUUUUAGCUGCUGCCACAAAGAGGGGCAAGAUCUGCAUCUGGGAUGUCUCUAAAAUGAUGAAGGUGCACCUAAAGUUUGACGUGAACCCGUACGAUCCAGCCAUCCUCCGGCAGCUGAUCCUGUGCAGUGGUGAGCAGGGUCAGCAGGUGCUGACGGAGUCUCGAAGGCCAACUCUCACUUGGUUGGAGGAGUCAUCUUCCUGCUCUGACCUACCCAAGCUAGAGGGAGACAGUGAUGACCAGCUGGAGGACUCUGACAGCGAGGAGCGUUCACGAUCAGAGUCAAUAACAGGUCACCCAUCCCAGUGGGAGAGCAUGGACCUGAGUCUCAGUGUGACAGCACUCAGUGUGCUACAGCAGCCAGAGAAACUUCAGUGGGAAGUAGUUGCCAGUGUUUUGGAGGAUACUGUCAAGGACUUGGAGGAGCUUGGUGCAAACACCUCGUUAAACCAAACAAAGGCCCACAGCCAGGCCAAACCAAAAGACAAGGUGCCUGACCACCACAACAUUCCCUUUCCUUGCUUGCUAGCUGGAGGCCUACUCAGCUACCGCUCAGCCUCUAUAACCCCCAUGGCUGUUCCCCCAUCUGCCUCAACUGCAACACGCAGGACCACUGAUGGUUCGCUAAGGACUCAGGCUGCUGAGCCACUUACUCCAUCUCUGCAGGAACAUGGUCCAAUGGAGAUAGAUCCUUGCCACCCCCAGACUGGUACGCAGGAGCAAGGGUUCUCUAACUUGGCAGGUUCUCAGCUGCUGAGUCCCUCCUCUCUGCCAGCUUUGCACAGGACUAUCCCUGUGCUGCUGCUAUAUAGUAUUAGAGAGGUAGAUGACAAAUCCUCAGGGCAGGUAUUUGCUCAGAUGAACAAUUUAAUGAGCAAAGGUCUUCAUGAGGAAGGCUUCACUGUGCCACAAAUCAUUGAAAUGGAGUUUGACACACAUGAGCAACUACUUCUUCAAGAUCCUCCAAUCACAUAUAUUCAGCAGUUUGCUGAUGCAACAAAUCUGGCAGGUAUAGAUGGGCAUGUGGACAAGUGGAGCACACUGGCAGCAGCAACUGUUUCUAACCCCCCUCGACCUGGGACACUGGUACAGUGCUUAAGGCUGCCAAAACAGCUGGAAGAGGAGAAUCUCUUUGUGGACUCUAUAAUGCCGUGCUGGGACGGAGUGCACCUUUUGGUUGGUCUGAAGCCUUGCGGGUUUGAGUCUCUAAGUGCUUCAAACCAAGUUGAGGCUCUUAACAAUCUAAACCGCCUACACUCAGCCCUUUGCAGCCAACGUGAAGGUGACCCCCUUCGCCCUUUGGCCAAUGGAAUGGAAGGCCAUCACCCCGGGGGGUCCCCACCUCAGACUCCCUUCAUAGUACCACCAGGAAACCACCACCAGCAGCAGGAGAGGUCCCAGAGUCGUGGGAGUGGAGGGGGCUAUCUUGCACUCUACAAGCUCAACUACUCAACUCGAAUUGUUACCUUAGAAGAGGAGCCGAUCAAAGUACAACAGAUUUGGGACCCUUGUGAUGCCAUUACUUCUCUAAUUUUGCUUCCCCCAGAUGUACUUGACAGCAGAGAAGAUGAGAGUGAAGAGGCUCCUGAAGAACCACUCCUUUCAGCUUCAAAAAACUGUUUGUCUGGGUCAGGAAUUGAGACUGCAUGUGAAGCAGCCACAACCAGCAGUGCUGGUAAUAUCACCAGUACCUCUGCCUACAGCCACAAAGAGUGCAAGAAGGUGGAGAUGGCAGGCCUAGGACAUCUGGUGGUCACCACACAGGCCGGCUUUAUCAUGAUAUUGGACCUGUCCACUCUGGAGGUUCUGGCCAAGGUGGAGCCACCCAAAAAGGAUGGGUUAACUGAGGAAACUGACCCAUUUGUCUCAGUGACCUACUGUUCUGGGACAGACCGCCUUUGUGCCUGUACUAAAGGUGGAGAACUUCAUUUCCUUCAAAUUGGAGGAGUUUGUGAUGAUGCGGAUGAUGGAGAUAUGUUUAUUGAUGGCCCAAUUUCUAAAGGGGGUGAGCCGCUGUUAGAGGGGGCCAAGCCCUCCUCCAACCCGUCCAGUCCUGGAAUCACAGGAGUGGACCUCCUUGUGGACCAACCUCUGACCCCUGAAAGUCUGGCAUCCUUGGUGGAGUUGACACGGUUUGAGACAUUGACACCACGGUUCUCCGCCACUGUACCACCGUGCUGGGUGGAGGUGCAACAGGAGCAGCAGCAACGACGCCACCCGCAGCACCUUCAUCAGCAGCACCAUGGAGAUGCAGCCCAGCACACCCGCACUUGGAAGCUUCAGAGUUACAGCUCCAGCUGGGAUGAGCAUGUGUUUGAGCUGGUGCUGCCUAAGGCCUGCAUGGUGGGCCAUGUGGACUUCAAGUUCGUCCUGAAUGCCAACAUUGUCAACAUUCCUCAGAUCCAAGUCACUUUACUGAAGAACAAGGCACCAGGGCUGGGAAAAGUCAGUGACACAGCAGUGGACAAACAGAUCACUUUUCCUCUCUCAAACGUCCUCCAUGCCAAUGGGGAGAAGAACAGCCAGCCUCUUCUGCAGGACUUCACAGAAGACAUCCACUUCAUGGACAUUGAGGAAACCUCAGGUUCUGUACUGUGUCCAUUCCUUGAGGACCAUAAGGAGGAUAUUUUGUGUGGGCCCGUGUGGUUGGCCAGUGGGCUGGACCUUUCUGGUCACUCUGGCAUGCUGAGCCUCACCAGCCCCAAGCUGGUCAGAGGCAUGGCAGGAGGGAAGUACCGCUCCUUCCUGGUUCACAUCAAAGCAGUCAGCGACAGUGGCAUGGAGGAGAGCCCAAGGCCUGUGGUAAGGAUGCCCAGUGCCAAGCCUCAAAGCUCCAAAGCUCACUCACUGUCUUCCCUGCUGCAGCAGACCCAGGCCUCCAAGGAGAGGGUUGCAACAGGGAAAACUGAGGGCUCAGCACCAUCCAAGAAAGUAGAGAACCUGCGAGGCUGUGACCUGCUGCAGGAAGUUUCAGUCACUAUCAGAAAGUUCAAGAAGACAUCGGUGCCCAAAGAAAGGGUCCAGCGUUGUGCUAUGCUGCAGUUCCCAGACUUCCAUGAGAAGUUACUGGAUGUGCUGUGUCAUCAGACAGAGGACAUCCCUGCCAAUGAGCAUGCACAAAGCCUCAUGCUUGACGUCCUGUGCUGGCUCGCUGGGGUUUUCUCCAACGGACCCUGCAGCAUCAGGGAAGGAAAGGAGGGCCUUCUGGCCAAAACCAGGAUAAGGUUAACAGAUAUCGUGCGAGUGUGUUUCUUUGAAGCUGGCCGCAGCAUAGCACACAAGUGUGCUCGCUUUCUUGCACUUUGUAUUAGCAAUGGGAAAGGAGAACCAAGUCAACAGGGUUUUAGCAUGAGCCUUCUGAAAGCUCUGCUAGAUAAUAUGUCUUAUUUGCCUGCAGCAGCCACUGGUGGCUCAGUGUUUUGGUACUUCGUACUGCUGAACUAUGUGAAGGAGGAAGACCUGGCAGGCUGUAGCACAGCAUGUGCCUCCCUGCUCACCACUAUCUCUCGACAGCUGCAGGACCGCCUCACCCCACUGGAAGCACUGCUGCAAACAAGGUAUGGUCUGUACAGCUCUCCAUUUGACCCGGUGCUUUUUGACCUGGAAGUCAGUGGUUCCUCCUGCAAGAAUGCCUUCAACAGCAGCAUAGGGGUCCAGUCAGAUGAGAUUGACCUGUCUGAAAUUCUCUCAGGAAACGGAAAAGUGAGCAGUUCUGCAGCAGCAGCGGAGGGGAGCUUCACAGCACUGACUGGACUCCUUGAAGUGGAGCCUUUGCACUUUACAUGUAUAUCUACCAGUGAUGGCACACGGGUGGAGCGAGAUGAUGCCAGCAUGUUCACUGUGAGUACAUUUGGUGUGACUCCGACGGUGGGCAGCAUGUCAACGGGGACGGUCGGAGAAGCUUCGACAGCUCUGAGUUCUGCAGCUCAGGUGGCCCUGCAGUCGCUGUCUCAUGCCAUGGUCUCAGCUGAGCAGCAGCUGCAGGUCCUACAGGAGAAACAGCAGCAACUGCUAAAGCUGCAACAACAGAAAGCAAAGCUGGAGGCCAAGCUUCAUCAAACCACCUCUGCAGCUGCUGCUGUCGCUUCUGGAGUCGGACCCAUCCAUAACUCUGUGCCUUCAAACUCAUCUGCUCCGGGCUUCUUCAUUCACCCAUCAGAUGUCAUCCCACCCACACCAAAAACCACGCCCCUCUUCAUGACCCCUCCUCUCACACCGCCCAAUGAGGCGGUGUCUGCAGCCUUCAGUGCAGAGCUGGCUCACCUGUUCCCCGGCUCCAUGAUGGACCAGGGACCUGUCAACAUGGCUGCACACAAGAACACACAGAAAGCCAAGGCGAACCCGUUGGGCAGCGGUUUGGCUUUGGCAAUUUCUCAGGCAUCUCACUUCCUGCAACCUCCUCCACACCAGUCCAUAAUCAUAGAGCGGAUGCACUCUGGAGCUCGACGCUUCGUCACCCUAGACUUUGGGCGUCCUGUCCUGCUGACUGACGCUCUGAUUCCGACCUGUGGAGACUUGGCCUCUCUGUCCAUAGACAUCUGGACGCUGGGUGAGGAGGUGGAUGGUCGCAGGCUGGUCGUGGCCACAGACAUCAGCACCCAUUCGUUAAUUCUUCACGACUUGCUGCCACCACCUGUCUGUAGGUUCAUGAAGAUUACGGUGAUUGGACGGUAUGGCAGCACCAGUGCGCGAGCAAAGAUUCCAUUAGGUUUCUUCUAUGGCCAUACUUACAUCCUACCUUGGGAGAGUGAACUUAAAUUGAUGCAUGAUCCGUUGCGGGGAGAAAGUGAGGCUGCCAGUCAGCCAGAUGUAGAUCAACAUCUGACCAUGAUGGUAGCUCUACAGGAGGACAUCCAGUGCAGGUACAAUCUAGCUUGCCAUCGAUUGGAGACCCUUCUUCACAACAUUGACCUUCCACCUCUAAACAGUGCCAAUAAUGCCCAGUACUUCCUACGAAAACCAGACAAGGUGGUGGAAGAGGACCAGCGGGUUUUCUCAGCCUAUCAGGACUGCAUCCAGCUGCAGUUACAGCUCAACUUGGCUCACCAUGCUGUCCAGCGAUUGCGAGUAUCACUGGGCGCUAGCCGCAAGUCUCUGCCCAAGGCCAGCGGCCGGCAGGCCCAGGGGCUUGUUCACAGUUCAUCCACUGAGCAGCUCAGGACAAUCAUUCGUUAUCUGCUGGACACGCUGCUCAGCCUUCUGCACUCCACUAACGGACACUCUGUCCCCUCGGUGCUCCAGAACACCUUCCAUGCUCAAGCCUGCGAGGAGCUCUUUAAGCACCUCUGCAUCAGUGGGACGCCUAAAAUCCGUCUUCAUGCUGGGUUGCUGUUGGUGCAGCUCUGUGGAGGCGAACGCUGGUGGGGCCAGUUCCUUUCUAAUGUUCUGCAGGAGCUCUACAACUCUGAGCAGAUACUUAUUUUCCCUCAGGACAGAGUCUUCAUGCUCCUGUCCUGCAUUGGCCAAAGAUCCCUGAGUAAUAGUGGUGUGUUGGAGGGUCUCCUCAACCUGUUGGACAGUCUGCUGUCCCCACUACAGCGACCAGGGGCUGCUACUCAGCGCAGGACUGAAGGUAUUUUAGACAUCCCCAUGAUCAGCUGGGUAGUGAUGCUGGUUUCAAGACUCUUGGACUAUGUAGCCAGCAUCGAAGAUGAGGCCUCAGGGGCGAAAAAGAGCCUUGGAGGGAAGGAACGGGACAGGCCUGUAACAGGGAUUCAGUGGAGUUUUAUUAACAACACUCUUCAGUCACAGAACUCAAGCAGGACAGCUAAAGGUAGCAGCAGCCUGGAUCGUCUCUACUCACGAAAGCUCCGCAAGCAGCUUGUUCAUCACAAGCAGCAGUUGAACCUGUUGAAAGCAAAGCAGAAAGCAUUGGUUGAGCAGAUAGAGAAGGAGAAAAUCCAGAGCAACAAAGGUUCCUCCUACAAACUGCUAGUGGAGCAGGCCAAACUCAAACAAGCCACAUCUAAGCACUUUAAAGACCUGAUCCGUCUGAGACGGACAGCUGAAUGGCCUCGCUCUACAUUGGAUGCAGAGUCCACAACAGCCAAAGAAGCCCCAGAAGUAGAACCUCUGCCCUUCACUUUGUCCCAUGAACGCUGCAUCUCCGUGGUGCAGAAGCUUGCCCUCUUUUUGCUCUCUAUGGACUUCACCUGCCAUGCUGACCUGCUACUUUUUGUCUGCAAGGUACUUGCUAGAAUAGCUAAUGCCACAAGACCUACAAUCCAUCUGUGUGAGGUGGUGUCUGAACAGCAGCUGGAACGCCUUUUGCUACUGCUUGUAGGGACAGACUUCAAUCGAGGAGACAUCUCCUGGGGAGGGGCAUGGGCACAGUACUCCCUCACAUGUAUGCUCCAGGACAUCCUGGCAGGAGAACUGAUGUCUCCUGGUCCUCUUGAUGCCAUGGAAGAGGUGGUGGCUGGGGGUGAGGAGGCAGGGGCAUCAUCUUCCUCAGCCGUGGCAGACUCGGAUGACUCUCUGGCCCAGCCUUCCUCUAUUCCCCUGGUGGAAACCAUAGAUGAAUCUCUGGUGCCAGAUAUCAUCGCAGGUACUACAGGGACCUCCACAGUGUUUCAAAGUGCUCCACCUCUAUCCGCUUUGGAAAAAGAUAAAGACAUAGACUUUGACUUGCUACAAGACCUCAUGGAUGUUGAUAUUGAUCCUUUAGAUAUUGAUUUAGAAAAAGAUCCACUGGCUGCCAAAGUAUUUAAGCCAAUAAGUAGCACCUGGUAUGACUACUGGGGUGCUGACUAUGGAACAUAUGGGUACAAUCCUUACAUCGGAGGUGUUGGUAUUCCAGUAUCCAAGCCUUCAGUUGCACCUGAAAAGCCUGCCUCCCAGUGUGUGUCAGUCUCUGUGUCUCAAGCACUGGAUGCCCGACUUGAAGUUGGCCUGGAGCAGCAGGCUGAGCUAAUGCUUAAAAUGAUGGCAACUUUACAGGCAGACUCUAUUCUACAAGCUCUCAGUUCAAGUUCAUCUACAAUCAGCCAGCCCUCUAAUGGUACCGAUGACUCCCUCCUUCGAGCGUUCCACAGUGGUGGCUCUCCGCCGUGCAGCAGCCCGGUGGUUCAGCCCUCGUCCAUUCCCAUUCUGAGUGCCUGCUUCAACAAGCUCUUCUCCAUGCUGCAAGUUCACCACGUACAGCUUGAGUCGUUGCUGCAGCUGUGGUUAACGCUCAGUCUCAACACAUGUUCUGGUGGCAGUGAAGAAAGUGGGUCAGAUAUUUUCCUCUUCAACGCCAGCCGAAUUCCCACUAUUCCACUUAACCAAGCAUCCAUCAGCAGCUUCAUAUCAGUGCUGGCCUGGUACCCCAGCACUUCCCUGAGAACAUGGUGCCUGGUGCUACACUCCCUCACACUGAUGACCAACAUGCCUCUCUCUGCAUCCAGCAGCGUGAUGAACUCUCAGGAUAACACAGCUCAACAGAUGGUGACUGACCCCACCCUGGUUCACGUACUGGUGCGCUUCCUGUCCAGCAGCAGCACCAAUGGGACUAGCCAGCACAGCUCUCAGGUCGGACCCACUGCCACCCAGGCCAUGCACGAGUUUUUGAGCCGUCUGCAGGUUCAUCUGUCCUCCACCUGUCCCCAGAUGUUUAGCGAGUUCUUGCUCAAACUCAUACACAUCCUGUCAACUGAGAGGGGGCCGUUCCAGUCAGGUCAGGGUCCUCUGGAUGCCCAGGUGAAGCUGCUGGAAUUUACUCUGGAGCAGAACUUCGAGGUGGUGUCAGUGGCCACCAUUUCCUCCGUCAUCGAGUCCAUUACAUUCUUGGUUCACCAUUACAUCACAUGCUCUGACAAGGUGGUGUCCCGCAGUGGCUCAGAUAGCUCGGUGGGUGCCCGGGCUUGCUUUGGGGGUCUGUUUGCCAACAUCAUCCGACCUGGAGACGCAAAGGCUGUCUGCGGAGAAACCACCCGUGACCAGCUAAUGUUUAACCUCCUCAAGCUGGUGAAUGUUCUGGUGCAGCUUCCUCUUUCAGGGGACAGAGAGUUCAGUGGACGACUGCCGCCAGUCGGCAGCGACACGGCUGAUAGCAGCGUCUCAGACGAAGAGAAAGUCUGUGGAAGCAAAGAAAGUGUGGCAGGUGGAGCCGCAUCCAGUCAGGGUCCCUCUGCUGGCGUGGCUGACCUGGUGCUUGCUAAUCAGCAAAUAAUGAGCCAGAUCUUGUCAGCGCUGGGCCAGUGCAACAGCAGCGCCAUGGCUAUGAUUAUCGGUGCCAGUGGUCUCCACCUGACCAAACAUGAGAACUUCCAUGGUGGUCUGGAUGCCAUUUCAGUGGGUGACGGCCUCUUCACCAUCCUCACCACUCUGAGCAAGAGGGCCACUUCAGUGCAGGUCAUGUUGCAGCCCAUCCUCACAUACAUGGCCUGUGGUUACAUGGGCAGACAGGGAUCUCUCUCCACCUGCCAGCUGUCCGAGCCACUUCUGUGGUUUAUCCUGCGCGUGUUGGACACCAGUGAAGCUCUCAAGGCCUUUCAUGACAUGGGGGGUGUACAGUUGAUCUGUAACAACAUGGUGACAAGCACCAGAGCCAUUGUGAACACAGCACGCAGUAUGGUGUCCACCAUAAUGAAGUUCUUAGACUCAGGUCCUGGAAAAGCAGCAGAUGGUAAUCUCAAGGCCAGAGUGAUGACUUCAGAGCCAGACAACGCUGAGGGACUCCACAACUUCGCUCCCUUAGGCACCAUCACAUCCAGUAGCCCCACAGCUCAGCCAGCAGAGGUUCUCCUUCAGGCCACUCCGCCCCACCGCCGGGCACGCUCAGCUGCCUGGUCCUACAUCUUCCUGCCAGAGGAGGCAUGGUGUGACCUCACCAUCCAUCUCCCUUCUGCUGUUCUGCUCAAAGAGGUCCACAUCCAGCCACAUCUUGCUUCUCUGGCCACCUGCCCAUCCUCCGUCUCCUUGGAGAUCAGUGCAGAUGGGGUCAAUAUGUUGCCACUUUCUACACCAGUUAUCACCAGUGGCCUAACAUACAUAAAGAUCCAGCUGGUUAAGGCAGAGGUAGCCUCAGCUGUUUGCCUGAGACUCCACCGGCCUCGGGAUGCCAGCACCUUGGGUUUGUCUCAGAUCAAACUCUUGGGGCUGACGGCAUUUGGCAACACAUCCUCUGCAACGGUCAACAACCCCUUUCUGCCCUCUGAGGACCAAGUGUCAAAAACCAGCAUUGGGUGGCUUCGUCUUCUACAUCACUGCCUGACACAUGUUGGUGACCUGGAGGCUAUGAUGGCUGGUGCUGCAGCGCCCACAGCCAAUCUGCUGCAGACAUGUGCUGCACUGCUAAUGUCUCCUUACUGUGGCAUGCACUCUCCCAACAUCGAGGCUGUGCUGGUUAAAAUAGGCCUGCAGUCUACAAGAAUCGGACUCAAACUCAUUGACAUUCUGCUAAGAAACUGUACUGCCUCUGGCACAGACCCUGCAAAUUUAAACAGUCCCCUGCUGUUUGGACGCCUGAACGGCCUUUCUUCUGACUCUACUAUCGACAUUCUGUACCAGCUGGGAACCACACAGGACUCUGGAACCAAAGACCGGAUCCAGGCUCUCCUCCACUGGGUGUAUGACUCCUCUAGAGUGGCAGCACAUAAAAUGAGUUCUCCAACCGGAUACUCAGCUGCUGGCUCCUCCUCUGCCUCCUCCAGAGAAUAUGGUCUCCUCAUGCCAUCUCCUUCCCACCUUCACUGUGUGGCAGCCAUCCUGUGGCACAGCUUCGAGCUGCCUGUUGACUAUGAUCUUCCUGGACUGCUCAACAGAGAUCUUUUUGAGCUCUUAUAUAACUGGUCCAUGUCACUGCCAUGCAACAUUGUGCUGAAGAAGGCUGUGGACAGCCUGCUUUGUUCUAUGUGUCAUAUCCACCCCAGCUACUUCACCCUGCUCAUGUCCUGGAUGAAGAUCGUCUCGGUGCCCACGGCCAGUCACUCUCAGGCCCAGCAACGGCGCCUCGCUAUGACAGACGACGGAAAAAAGCAACACGAUGCUAAUGCUAAUGCCUCAGGACUAACAGAUGACUCUAAGCAUGCAAGACCUCCAGUUAACUUGUCUGAGUCCCAGUUAACCACCCUUGCUGCUGCCUCACAGUCUCCAGGAGCAAUAGAGCAGCUGCUGGACUCGGGUCUUCCCUCUCUGCUGGUGCGCAGCCUGGUGCAGUUUUGUGUUGGACUCCUAGUCAGUGCUGAUCUCCCUCUGCCUGCUGCUCAGGCCGAGAGGCGCCACCACCAUCACCACUACCACCCACCCUCCUCAACCCAACACAGCAGGCCAGCUCUGGCUGCAGAGCUGGCUGCUCCGGUGCUGCGAUUCCUUACAGAAGUGGGCAACAGUCACGCUAUGAAAGACUGGCUUGGAGGACCGGAGGUUUAUCCUCUAUGGACAGCAUUGCUCUUCCUGCUGUGCCACUCCAGUGCCAGCGCUGGUUCCAGUGCAAGCUGUCAGCCACUGGGCACUGAAUCUACAGCAGGUGCUCCUCCAGUCCACACGCCACCAUCAGGGUCUCACUUCUCUCAGCUUUCUUCUGGCCAAGCAGGAGGUCUCACCACACAGCAGAGAACUGCUCUAGAAAAUGCAACUGUGGCCUUUUUCCUGCAGUGUAUCUCCUGUCACCCUAACAACCAGCGGCUCAUGGCACAGGUCCUGUGUGAGCUCUUUCAGUCUGCCCCUCAAAGAGGCAAUGUUCCCAUCUCUAGAAACAUCUCCGGCUUCAUCCGAAGACUUUUCCUGCAGCUCAUGCUAGAGGAUGAGAAAGUCACAGUCUUCCUCCAGUCUCCCUGUCCGUUGUAUAAAGGUCGCAUCAAUGCCACCAGCCACAUGAUCCAACAUCCCAUGUAUGGAGCAGGCCACAAGUACCGUACCCUCCAUCUCCCAAUCUCUACUACACUAGCUGAGGUCCUCGAUCGUGUGUCUGACACUCCCAGCAUUACAGCCAAACUGAUCAGUGAGCAGAAGGAGGACAAGGAGAAGAAGAAUCAUGAGGAGAAGGAGAAGAUGAAGGCAGACAAUGGCUUCCAAGACAACUACAGUGUUGUUGUGGCCUCAGGUUUAAAAUCCCAGUCCAAACGAGCUCUUUUGACCCCUCCUCGACCUCCAUCAAGAAGGGGUCGCAUCGUGAGUGACAAGUUAACUGCUUCAUCUGGUGUGGACCCUUCAGCAAAAACCAUCAGCGUGCCUGUCUUCCAUCUGUACCACAAGCUUCUUCCAGGUCAGCCACUCCCACCUGAGAUGACACUGGCUCAACUGCUCACUCUCCUGUAUGAUCGCAAGCUGCCACAGGGCUACCAGUCCAUAAACCUGACUGUCAAACUGGGAUCCAAGGUGAUAUCCGACCCUGGGCUUUCAAAGACUGAUUCUUUCAAGAGGCUACGCACUGAGAAAGUGGACCACUGCGACAUGCUCAACAGUUGUCCAGAGGAUGAACCAAUGACGGCCAGCGAAGAAUGUCUGGAUGCUUCAACCGAUGAGUCCCUGCUGGACACCAAUCCCAUCCAGUCACCGCUUCAGGUCUUUGCUGGUAUGGGGGGCCUGGCCCUAAUUGCAGAGAGGCUGCCUAUGCUCUACCCUGAUGUCAUUCAGCAGGUCAGCGCCCCAUUGAUUCCAGCAUCCACACAAGAGAAGCCUAAGGACAGUGACCAGUUCGAGUGGGUGACCAUCGAACAGUCAGGGGAGCUGGUGUACGAAGCCCCAGAAUCUGUUGCUGCCGAGCCGCCUCCUGUCAACAAGCAGCAGUCCCAGUCCUCUUCAUCAUCAUCUUCGUCCUCUGUGCAGUCCAUGUCGCCCAUUCCUGCCCAUUCGUUGGCAGCUUUCGGAUUAUUCCUGCGCCUCCCGGGGUAUGCUGAGGUGCUGCUGAAAGAGAGGAAGCACGCACAGUGUCUGCUGCGCCUGGUGCUGGGUGUCACAGACGAUGGAGAAGGCAGUCACAUCCUGCAGUCUCCUUCUGCUAACGUGUUGCCCACGCUGCCAUUCCAUGUCCUUCAAACCUUGUUCAGCAGUACUCCUCUGACCACUGAUGACGGUGUGCUGCUGCGCCGUAUGGCUUUAGAGAUUGGCGCCAUCCACCUUAUUUUGGCCUGUUUAUCAGCUCUCAGCCACCAUGCGCCUCGUAACCCCAAUGCAAGCAGCAGUGUAUCGGAGCCACACAUUUCCAGUUGUCACAGUGGUGGGACCAGUGAGGAGCAGCAACUGUACUGGGCUAAAGGAACUGGGUUUGGUACUGGAUCUACAGCUUCGGGCUGGGAUGUAGAACAGGCCCUUACUAAACAGAGGCUAGAGGAGGAACACGUCACCUGUCUACUCCAGGUUUUGGCUAGCUACAUCAACCCAGCGGGCUCCAGUAGCUGCCACAGCUCUGAUGCCUCUGCAGACAGCAGAGCCCCGAACAGCUCUGCUCUGCCAGCUGUUCUACAGGAGCUGCUGAGCCAGUCCUGCCUCAUCCCUGCCAUGUCCUCCUACUUACGCAAUGACUCAGUUCUGGAUAUGGCACGUCAUGUUCCACUGUACAGAGCACUACUGGAGCUGCUGAGGGCCAUUUCCACCUACACAGCGCUGGUUCCACUUCUACUUCCUUUGUCCGGAGAUCCUGAGCAAGACGAAGAAGAGGAAGAUGAAGAGAAUGAGGGACAGACGUCUGUAGGCAUGCUGCUGGCCAAGAUGAAGACAUGUGUUGACACUUAUACAAAUCGCCUCAGGUCAAAGAAAGAUAAAAGUAAAGGUGUGGUGAAAGCUGAAGGCUCUGAAUCCGAGCCUGAGGGUCUGACCCUGCUGGUGCCUGACAUCCAGAGAACAGCUGAGAUAGUCCAUGCAGCUACCACCAGCCUACGCCAAGCCAAUCAGGAGAGGAAGCUAGUUGAAUCCUCAAAGAAGGUAUCAAGCAGGCCCAAGCCACUGUCUGUUCUCCGCUCCUUAGAGGAGAAAUACGUUGCUGCCAUGAAGAAACUACAGUUUGACACGUUUGAAAUGGUUUCAGAAGAUGAGGAAGGGAAGCUGAUGUUUAAGGUCAACUACCACUACAUGUCUCAGGUUAAAAAUGCCAGCGAUACAAACAGUGCAGCCAGGUCACGCCGCCUUGCCCAGGAGGCUGUAACCCUGUCCACGUCUCUCCCUCUGUCAUCUUCGUCCAGCGUCUUUGUCCGUUGUGAUGAGGAGAGGCUCGACAUCAUGAAGGUUCUCAUUACAGGCCCAGGCGACACUCCAUAUGCCAACGGCUGCUUUGAGUUUGAUGUAUAUUUUCCCCAAGAUUAUCCCAACUCCCCUCCCCUGGUCAAUCUGGAGACCACAGGCGGACACAGUGUGCGUUUCAAUCCAAACCUCUACAAUGAUGGCAAGGUGUGUUUAAGUAUCCUCAACACAUGGCAUGGGAGACCAGAGGAGAAAUGGAACCCCCAGACCUCAAGCUUUUUACAGGUGCUAGUGUCUGUGCAGUCCCUCAUCCUAGUGGCUGAGCCAUACUUUAACGAGCCAGGGUAUGAGCGUUCUCGUGGGACCCCCAGUGGCACACAAAGUUCUCGAGAGUAUGACGGCAACAUCCGGCAGGCCACGGUCAAGUGGGCCAUGCUGGAACAGAUCCGCAACCCAUCGCCAUGCUUCAAAGAGGUGAUCCACAAACAUUUUUACCUGAAGAGAACCGAGAUCAUGUGCCAGUGUGAGGAGUGGAUCGCUGACAUCCAGCAGUACAGCAAUGACAAGCGGGUCGGUCGCACCAUGUCCCAUCACGCAGCUGCUCUCAAGAGACACACAGCUCAGCUCAGAGAGGAGCUCUUGAAACUACCCUGCCCCGACGGCCUGGAGCCCAAUGGAGACGAGUUCUCUGAGAAGAGCGCCACCCUUAUCCUCAAACAAAUGUCCGGCCAGGAUGCAGAGAAGCCCACCGGCAGUCAGGACGGCCACUGCAGCGAGGGCCAACUAUGAGCAUCUCCCCUUCCUUUCUUCUCCAGCAUCUUCAGUCCCUCAGCUCCCUUUUUCUGAUUAUUACUCUAUAAAGACUCGAUGGCUUCAGAGAGCAAACCAUCACUUUGUCAAUAUUUGUAUGUAAAGAUCUAAUUGCAGAAUAGUAGUGGAGGAAGCUCAUAUACCAGGAGCCGAUGAGACAAACUCUGAACUAUGCUAUGCCCUUAUUAAAGAGUCAAGAAAAACUUUUAUUCAUCUAUAAAAGACUGUAAACAUUUUGUGCUUUUUCCAAUUGUGAAAUAACCACUGAUUGGUUUGUUAUUAAACUUGUUUAUGUAUACAUGAUGGCAGAGGAAAAUGACAGAUUAUAUAAGGGAAACUACCUUUAGAGAAGAAUGUUUACUGAAUGUGAAGUCCUUUUUUUUCUUUUUGCUUUUUUGGGACUGUUAGAGCGACAAUAGUGGUAACCAAGGAUAUAUUGGUCAUUCUUAAAGCAUAUUAUUUAAAAAAAGAAAACACAGGUAACUGACUCUCAGAUAAGCCUCUUUUGAUUUGUCUUGGAUCAUAACCACUUCAAUAACGUUUGAAAUGGACAUUUUUAAAUCAUAUGUUGUCCCUUUUACAGGCUCCAAAUUAAAAGGCUUAACCACAUUCUGGAUCAACAUUUGUUGCCUCUUACAACUUCAUCAUGACUGCUUUCCAUUGACAUGACUGUAGAUGGCAAGAUUGGGAAAUGUACUUUAAAGGCUUGUGCAUGUGUAUGUCUGUUUUCUGUGCGUGUGUAACAAUCCCCAGUGAGAUACGAAGCUGUGAUGUGCCUUUGAUCUACACCCUACCGCCAAAUACUCCCAACAGAGUACCUUUGCUGAAUAAUCUGCUAUUUCUACUUCAUUCUGCUCCGUCUUGCUAAAGAAAACCAAUUUGAUUUUAUUAUGUUGAAACAGUGGUGGAAAAAAAUGCACUUUCUAUUUUACUCACUCCUUAGUACAGUCACAUAACCCUUUUGCUAGGACAUUAAAUGGAGCUUGAAAAUAA